AUGAGCGAACGAAUUAUAAGAUCGAAGAUUAAUUUCUUGAUUUUCACAUUGCCAAUCGUUCUGGGACUUGCGGUGCCAAGAGAUACUGCGUAUUUCUACCGAGAAAGUCCCAUCAAAUAUCAAGUGGUGGAUAAUAGGAGCGAAACCAUCAAAUGUGAAAAUGCAAGAUUGAACAUACUCAGUGCUGUGGAAGAUUGUGAGAGGAUUAUGCGGAGCCAGACACUCGAUUUGAGGAAAGCUUGCAAUCAUAAGAGCGAGUGUGUUCCAAUAUUCUCUUGUACGUUACGUGAAGAUACCUCUCCCUAUGAUAUCGACGAUGAAGAAGAUUACGUGACAACACAAAACAAAUACAAGAACACGGUUAUUAAGUGCGCAGAAAAUCGUUAUAUUGAUGUAAGAACUGCAGUUUAUGGUUAUGGGUGGAAUAAGGUUAAAGAGGUCCGGCCGAUCAAUGUAGUCAAUGAGGUCAGAAAACUCUGUCAACAUCAAGAUAUAUGUACGUUCAACUCACUUAUUCUAAAAUUGAACAAAUUUCCGGGGGAUGCGAAUUACUUUGUUGUUACGUUCAGUUGUAAAGCAGUGACAGAUAAAUGCUAUAAGGUAGAAUGUGGUUUGAAUUCUCAUUGUAUCGCCGAAAAAGACUCAAGAAGAUGUGAGUGUGAUGAAGGAUCCAUUCUGCAAAACAACCAGUGCAUUGACAUGACAGAUUACGAAGACCCAAGACAUAAAUCUAUCAUACUUUAUGGAUUCGACAUAUCGAUGCGUGACGACGAAAAUGAUGAUCAUGUAGGUGUAUUUUCCGGCAAUGCAUCCCAUUCUGGCGAAGCUAUGACGAGGGGUAAAAUUAAUGCGGAGUCAGGAUCGGUAAUACUGGAUGACUAUGAUAUGCAUUUUACAACAGGUGGCACCCCUGUGUAUGAUGCGAGUAAACACUCUGAUGGGCCAGAUACAUCUACAGAGUCUUUACCUAAACUUUCUAAUCAUGACUUGGGUGGAACAACAGAGGGCAGUGAUCUUUCCACCCCAGCGAGAAAUUCAACAUCUUCCCAAUACAGCAAAGAUGCGAUGGCGAACAAGACGGAUGAUUCCCCUGAGAUCCAUGGUGCAACUUUGUCGUUUGAUGCAGAAAAACUUCCAUCAUCAUUGGAAAAUGAUAGCGGUGAUACGACAUGCAACAGUGGGAACGGAGGUGAAGAUAUUCAACGUCACAAAACAGCCAUAUCAACCGAUCGUGUUACGCUGAAGGAAACUUCUGUUACCAAGCAAGGGGAAGUUACAUCUGAAAAUGGAACAGAGCCCGAUAAGUGUGCUCCAGAUACUGUCAUUAAACCUGGAGUACCUCCAUCCGAGGUUCCACUCUACGGGGUACAUGCAGACUAUACUCCAACAAAUUCCGCUUCGAGCUUCAAAAACGAUGUAGCAUCAGGUUCACGUAGAUCUGAUGGCGAGACAACGGCUAUUCUCUAUUCCGAAGAAAAUCCCACAGAUCCACACAAUGUACCAGACAAGAGAGGUAAACCAGCCACUGAAAAAAGGGAUGGAAAUCUAGGGAAAGAAGAUGAAUUAAUUGACGUCGAUCUUAACGCUGACUACUUGAAGUCAAAUGGAAAUAAUGGAUCUGAUGUGAGCCUUCAAGGUGGACGAAGUGAUUACGGGAACCAACUUGGGUGUAAAAUGGCACCCGGAUAUGAUUCAGCAUCUGCAGAUAAAAUGGAGGAAGACAACGGUAAAAAUCGUUGUGUGUUGGAGCAAAAUAACUCACAUCGCUCAAAGAAUGGUAAUGACUCUGAAUGCCGGGUUUCAAAGGAAAAUGCAUUUCAUCACGAUGACAGACACCUUGGAAUGAACGGAGUACGUCUUGAUCAUAUGAGUAAUCCAGAUAAAACGGGGAAUCCCCGCACCACACCCAGUGACACUAACAAUACACAGAUAUAUGCAUCAGGACAGAAUUUUGAAAAUGAUCGUGAAGCGCAUGGAGCUGCCCAAAUUACAACCCCACCUGGGUUCGAACCAGAAGAGAAACAGGCAUCACGGUUGACACCAGAAAUAGCUAACGGGGGAUAUAUACCCUCGGUUGAAGCGCAUUCGAAACAGAAGCUUCAAACAAUAGAGGAUUCAGAGGAAGGUGCAAAAUUAGGUGCAAAUCAUGCUGAUCAUCGCAUGUGUCAUUCAAACGGUAAAAGUACGUCUGAAAAUGACAUAUUAUCAGUCAGCACAGCUGACAGCGACCCUUACAAAAUUAAUAUGGAGAAUGGAGUUUCAACUCCAGGAAGUCAUACGUCAGUUGGAAAGGCCCGGGACGAAGGGGGUAGAAAUUAUUUGUCUAAUGUGGGCACAACAACUCCUAGUAUAGAGGAUUUCCACCAGGGUACGAAAGUGCAGUAUGACGAUGCACUAGCACUGUCUGAAGGGGGUUUACCGCCAUACGACCCCGACGAUGGCACGUCACCUGGUGACAAUCAAUCCGUGAUUUCUGGAAAUAGCCGUAUAUGCGAUUUCGAGAGAAAGACAGACGAAUCCCCGGCACCAUUUUGUACGACAACCUACGAUGACGUGAGCGACGGUCUUGCUUCUACGUCAUCAACAAUUGAUGAAAUGCCACAUAGGGGUGUUAGGUCUGAUUCCUUCGACCCAGCUGCAGGUACGGGGCAUAGUACAUUAAUUCGCAGUACGCCCAAUAAUACACCAGAACAAUCUGGCAACCACAAUGACGAUAUGUUCAUGAACGAAUCUGUUCCUUAUCAAGUUUCAUAUGAAAGAUUAGAUGGCAUUGACAGCUGCCAUCAUGGAGGGGGACAGGGCAGUACACGUGGAUGUUAUACGACAGAAAACAAAAGGACUAACCUUAACGACGAGUCGAUGAAUCAACUCUAUAAGCAAAAAUGGAUGAAUGAAGCGAAGAUAUCCAGUAGCCCUGAUAAUUAUCAGAAUAGGGCUGCGAACUCCAUGGACAAGGAGCCUGUCUGCAAACUUUCGCAGAAUAAAGUGCCACAACAUUUCACGACACUUGAUAAUAGUGGAGUUGCUGAUACCGAACCCAUAUACCGGGGCGUAACAACGGAAUGCCCUCGUCGGAAAAAAUUUCUUCAUCCAAAAUCAUGUAGGCUGCAGAUGAUCCAAGGCGCAAGAGAUCAUGCUGACGAGAACCAGUUACAAAAACUUCGCAACGUCCCUGGAGAUUCAACCUAUAAUGCUACAGGUUCCGUGGCAUCCUGUUACCGUAGGUUGAAUGGGAAAUCACAAAUGUCCUACAUUAAUCAUCACUCUGCACGAGGUUCCGGCCCUAGCGCACCGCCCACAGUAGUUGGUAACAUCCGGGAGGAAGUCACAUCUUUCAUUUGUUAUAUACCAAAAGAACUUACGGAGAUCUACCAUCCUGCUGCCGACUACAUACAGGUUGAAGUGAAAGAGGAUUUACGUAACGAAAAAAAAUGCCGCUACAGACGCUGCAGUAGCAAUAACGAAUGA